AUGGAGACAAAAUAUUCCUCGAUUAUCGUGCGAAUUAGCGACUGCGCGACAAAGAGUUUGUUGUGCACGUUAUCGGGUCUAAUACUUCAACUUGGGAACAAAACAUUGGUAGUCACUUUAGUCGCAUUACCGAACAAUGUGCUGAUAGGGGACAAGAAAAUCGAUGUUUACAUUGCGCUGGAGUCCAAGGACCCGGUUUGCUGGAUCAGAUGCGACAGCCCGAAGUUUGUGGAUGUUGACGAAAAGUCAAUUGCUCAUCUCACGAUGGGUGGGUUCAAGGUCGACACAGUGACUGGCGAGGACAUUGAAAGGUGCCGCUUUGUCGUCGCGGAGGUCCGCGGGCUCGCGUUCGAGGGCAAUUAUAGUCGCAUAUCGGAUAGAGUUGAAGUAGGUGACGAGUGUUUGCUUGAGGCUUCUCCGUUCAGCUCUACUAGUCAUGUUUUCCAUGGUUAUACCAGCACAGCCACCAUCUGCUAUAAAAAGGGGGGAGUUUAUUUGAGCGACUUGAAAUACCUUGAGAACAUGGAGGGUGGUGUGGUCACUGUUGAUGGUAGCAUAAUUGGAGUAGUGAUGGGAGUGCUGAGAAAGCUUGAUGGACAGGGAAAUUUAAUGAUAGUACUGAGCUUGAGUCAUGGAGAACUUGCAGAAUUUGGACUAUGUUCGGCGCAACUACCGACAAUGGCUCCUCUAAACGAGUUUCCGUUUGUUGUUGGCAUAAGCGGCAAGCUAGAUGGGACAAGAUACUGGGGAAGCGGUGUCAUCGUUAAAGAUAAUAUGAUUGCAACCAAUCGCCAUGUUGUAUUCUCAGGGAACCAGUUAGCACAGGAUCUGGCGUUACACUACCGUGGGAAUACCAUUGAGUUGGGCAAACUGGUUGCUGGCGUUGAUGUGCUAGUACCGUUUGAUGGUCAGCUAUGUGAUUUGUGCUUUAUCAAAAAGAACCUCGCCUUUGAUUCCGUUGCCAAGCUACCAAACGAGCUGACAAUCAGCAAUGCCGCCAGUAGUUUGGAGAUCCUGCUUGAUUUGAAAGACAACUCUCGACGACUGAUGCGCACAAAGUCGGUUGCAUACGGACUUUUCUGCGACUCCCUUCAUUUGCAUCCACUGAUUUCUCGUGGUUGUAUCAAUUCUGUGGUGGAGUUAAAACACCUUUUCAGAAACAUCCAACAAGAAAUACAGUGCUUAACAGUCAGUAGCUCUUCCUGCUGGUCAGGAUCAUCUGGCGGGGCUCUCUUAAACAAGAAAAACGAGCUCCUCGGGCUCAUGAGCAGCAAUGGCAGAACAGCUUCCGGAGAAACACUCACCAAACUCACGUUGGUAAUCCCGAUACAGCUUGUGGUUCUUGGUUAUUACGAUCUUUUUAGGUCCAAAGUAUCGCUUACAGAUUCAGCUGCCAGCAAAUACCAACGGCUACUGCGAUUGGAUUCGAGCUACUCUGAAAUCUUCAUGGAGAGUAAAUUAUAG